AUGAUUUUCAUAUCUACGCGACUCUUGACCCUGAUCUAUGUGAGCCUGGUAUUUGCCGGUGAAAAUGUCCUCGCUGAGCCCGGGGACGUCAGCAUUGAGUCGAGGGAGGCCGAGCCUUCAGAGGUGACAGACCUCCAUCCACGCGCCUUGUGGCCCGAUUUUGACCCCUUCUACCGGAACCCUACAGGGUUAGAGGAUGUGGCACCCGGAACGAUCAUACGCUCGCGUCGCAUCUUCCCCGCCUUCUUCGGUUUCAUUCCUGACCCUAUCGAAGCGUGGCAGCUGCUGUACCGCACCACGGCCGUCAACGGUUCAGCUAUCACCACGGCCACCACCAUCUUCAAGCCGCUGAACCCUAGGAAGGACCGGCUCGUCGCCUUCCACACGGCCUACGACUCGUCUAGCAACAUCUGCAGCCCCAGCUACACUUACCAGCUCGGCGCCAUGCCGCUAGAGUGGAUCACCGGCAUCGAGCGUCUCGUCCUUGAGGCGUAUCUCCUGUCCGGCUAUAUUGUUGCCUCGCCUGACUAUGAAGGCCCCGAUGCUGCCUUUGCUGUCGGACGCCUUCAGGGAAAGGCCGCUCUUGAUGGAAUCCGUGCGGUCGGCAACUUUGCUGACGAGCUGGGCUUCUCGUCCACGACCCCUCCCGUCGUGGGUGUCGGAUACUCUGGAGGAUCUAUCCCCGUUGGAUGGGCAGCGGAGUUGCAGCCGUCGUACGCGCCCGAGAUUGACAUCCGCGGCUGGGCUCUCGGAGGCACCCCCGCCUCCUUGAGCGCCACGCUCACCUUUAUUGACAACACGCUCUACGCUGGCUUCGCUCCUGUGGCCAUCAACGGUCUCUCUAAGGCCAGUGCCUACGGCAAGAAGAUGAACGCCCUUAUAGACCGCGUUCUGACUUCGUAUGGACGCGCGGUCCUGGAUGCCAUCAAUACAGUCUGCUCACAUCAGGCUGUCGUUCUUUUCGUCGAACAAAGCAUCUUCUCCAAGAGCUUCCAGUCCCUAGGUCUCGCACUCUUGCAAGACCCGACCAUAGUCAGCAUACUGGAUGACACGGUCCUGGGGGCUGCCAAGUCAGGGACUCCUUCCGCCCCGGUGCACAUGUAUCAUAGCAGCAAGGACCAGAUCAUCCCCUAUGACCCUGCUUCGAAGACUGCUGAGUCGUGGUGCGCUAAGGGCGGCAACGUUGAGUUCGUCACCCUGGCCGCCGGUGGGCACGUCACCUCCGAGCCUAUCGGCUUUCCUGGCACGCUGAGAUUUGUUUCCGAUGCCUUUGACGGAAGGCUGGAGUUGGGCUGCAGGCGCACCUCUAUCUUCAAUGACACCCUGGAUCCUCUAGCCCUGGCACUUGGCCUCGAGCCCGUUGGUUCCCGGCUUAUCGAGCUGAUUGCUGCCGUCGGCAAGGGUGAUUCUAACCUGAGCCAAAGCCUCGAGCCUCUCAACGUCGACGUCAGUUGGAACACUAGUAUCAGAGGGCACGGAGUUCGCUGA